UUUGUACGCGCCAAGAAUUACUCGUAUAAACUCCUGUACUCUCAAAAUGAUAAAAAUACUAUAACCCCUGGCCAAACCCUAACUGCAACAGCUAAAGCUAUCAUUUCACGUUCACAACCAACUCCACCAGAAUUCCCGAAAGCCAAAAACAAAACCCCAGUUCUCCUCUAA